AUUGGUAGUUGUUGAAGUAUAUGUUCAAGUAAACCAAAGAUCAAACUUUUUGCCCCACCUUACCAACCAUUCUUCUAUUUAAUCAAAUGAUCCCCUCCAGCAAUCAAUAAGUGAACAAAGUCCCUUAUCCACAACUCCAUGGAUAUGAAUCCCACUCCUCAGAAUGUUCACUUCAUCUCACAGUGUUUUAUUAAACCUCACACCUUUCCUGAAGAAUCAAAGCAACCAUAUUACCUAAGUCCAUGGGAUCUUCUCAUGCUCUCCGUUCAAUACAUCCAAAAGGGUCUUCUCUAUUCCAAACCCCCCGCCGCCCUCAACGAUGAGGGUCAAUUCAUUGAAGAUCUAUUGAAAAAGCUCAAACACUCGCUCUCAAUCGCCCUCGUUCAUUUCUACCCACUUGCUGGACGACUCGCAACAAUAUCAUACCAAGACGAAGGUUCUUGUCUCGUUUAUGUUGACUGCAACAACAGCCCCGGAGCCAAAUUCAUCCACGCUCGUCUCAACAUGACCAUUUCGGAUAUCCUUUCACCCACUGACGUGCCGGUAAUUGUCCAAUAUUUUUUUGACCACGACAGAGCUGCCAACCACGACGGUCAUUCCACCUCGUUACUGUCCAUUCAGGUCACUGAAUUACUGGACGGUGUCUUCAUUGGGUGUUCCAUUAACCACAGCCUCGUCGACGGAUCUUCUUAUUGGCAUUUCUUGAACAUGUGGUCUGAGAUAUUUCAAGCAGAGGACGAAAAUUAUUCAAUUUCACGCCCACCGAUCCUCCAGCGUUGGUUCCCCGAUGGCCACGGUCCAAUUCUGAAACUCCCAUUCACAAAUCCCGAUCAAUUUAUUACCAAAUUCGAAGCACCCCAAUUGAGGGAAAGAAUGUUUCAUUUUACCUCUGCAUCUUUGGCCGUUCUAAAAGCCAGAGCAAAUACAGAGUACAAAACCAACAAAAUUUCCUCCUUCCAAUCCUUAUCUGCACUCGUUUGGAGAAGCAUAACACGAGCUCGGGGUCUAUCACCGGAUCAAACCACCAGCUGCAGAUUGGCAGUCAACAAUAGAUUAAGGCUAAAUCCGCCACUACCCGAAAAUUACUUCGGGAAUUCAAUUCAAGCCAUAAGAGGAGUUGCCGUUGUAAAGGAACUGCUGGAAAACAAUCUCGGGUGGGCGGCGUGGAAAUUGCACGAGGCUGUUGUGAACCACAACGACGAGAAGGUGCGAGAUCAUGUGAACAAGUGGGUGGAAUCUCCGUUUGUGUACCAUAUUGAGCAAUUAUUUGAUCCAUUGAGUGUGAUGAUGGGAAGCUCUCCUAGAUUCAAUAAGUAUGGGAAUGUGUUUGGGAUGGGUAAGGCUUUGGCUCUUCGAAGUGGGUAUGCGCAUAAAUUUGACGGGAAAGUAUCUUGUUACCCAGGAUCUGAAGGAGGAGGAAGCAUAGAUCUGGAGCUGUGUCUUCGACCAGAGUUUAUGAGUGUUCUUGAGGCUGAUGAGGAAUUCAUGAAUGCUACUACUCCACACGAUCCACUUCACUACUACUAGUCGUUGUUUUGGUUCUCCAAAUCAGUAUCAAAGCUCCAAAUUGUUUCAAAUGUAAGAAAUUUGUUAGUUUCUGUGGCCUUUUGUUCUUCUUCAUAGUUGGUUUUCCUUUUUCCUUUUUACUCUAAACAACAUAACAUGUAAGGUCAUACUGAUCAGCCGAUGCCACUUUCCUUGAACACAUUUGAAAUAGAUUAAAGCUUCAUCUUUUUUACA